ACCAUUCCCAUACUAGUUCUUCUUGGAACUUGCAGAUCUAGUCACGUACCACCCGCCAAGCGCCAUGGCCAACUACGACUCCCUCCACAGGCAGUGCCGCACGCUCGAGUCCCUCUUCGACACCAAACUCACCGCCUACGCCCGCCUCGCCUCCUCCAUAACCCGCGGCCACGACGACGUCGAGGCGAGCGGCUCGUCCGAACGAUGGCGCGACCUCGAGCACGAGGUCGACGAGCUCCUCGAGAAGCUGCAAGAGAUCAACGACCAGCUCUCCGCGCUCUCGAGCGACGCGGAGAACCCCCCAUCGCAGUCUAUGCUCCGUGCGAUACAGCGCCAUAGGGAGGUGUACCUCGACUAUGCGCGGGAGCUGAGGCGAACGAAGGGCAACGUUAAGACCGCUCUUGACCAGGCCAAUCUCUUGACUGGCGUCCGGAAUGACAUCGAUGCAUACAAGUCGUCCGCGGCGGACUCGCUACUGGCCGAGCGAGGGCACAUCGACAGCUCGCACAGAAUGACAGACGAUAUGCUUGCCCAAGCAUACGAGACCCGAGCAGAGUUCGGGCGGCAACGGACGACGAUAUCCGGAAUAAACUCCCGAAUGCAGGGCGUGUUGAGCUCGAUGCCCGGCAUCAACAGCCUGCUCUCCAUGAUCAAGACCCGCCGGCGCAGAGAUGCGGUCAUCGUCGGCUGCGUCAUCGGCCUGUGCACCGUGCUUCUCUUCAUGUACGUCUUUUGACGGGGCGCACGGAUGCCGCUGGCACACACGCGCCGCUGUCGGGGGGCGGGGCUGCGCCGUGCACGGAUGUACGCACGCAGCGUCCUGCCUCUGCGGACGGGGUGCUUUAUACCAUAUGUAAUUUCGGACGGGAGUAAUGGAUGGUACCAGCAGUGCGCGAUCACGGAUGCGGAUCACUGUGUGCGCCACCGAUGUGACCGAGGACCGAGGACGGGGACGCGAGCUGCUGCGGCCGCUGGCCGGGCGUGCGCCCAUAUAUGUAUCUUUCGUGUUCCAGUGUUCUAUUUCGAUUGUGGGCGCGCACGUAGACGGCCUAACUAGAUCCAUACACGCUGAUACAGGUCGAUACUAGGCACGCGCAGCGGCGGACCAGUGCAUACAAUGAUACACUCACCGUUGGUGUCAGUCGCUCUCCGCGCCCGCUUCCCAUUCCUCGAUGGCCCUGUCGCGCCUGUGUUUCGUGCUCACGCGCUCCGCGUGCCCACCUCGCUCGAACAGCUUCCAGUUCUCCUCCAGGCGGCGCACGGCGCCCCACUCCGCCUCGGGUGCGGCCGCAUAACUGUCGUCCCACGCAUCCUCGAUGCGCCAACCCUUGACGUCCGCAACGGUGCGGAGCAUGUUCCAUGUGUACGGCGCGGACCCGCGCACGUCGGGGAAGUCGGACUCAACUAGGAGACGGUCCGGCGCGCAUGCAGCUGCGAGUGCACGGUGUGCGGGCGAGCGCGCGUUGAUCGCAGUGGACAACGAAAGGAAUGCGUUCGGGUGCCGUUUCGAGAGCUGCAUCCAUGUCUGCGCGCUGAGCCCGCAGCUGUGGAGGUCGACGCUGAUCCGCAGCCACGCAGGGCCAUGCACGGUCUUCAUGCGGUCGAGCAGCUCGACGGUCGCCUGCUGACACUUGACGCUGUGCAGGCUCACGUUACGGCGGAGCUCGACCGCGAGCGUGAGCUGCGCCUCCAGGAUGGCAAGCUGAUGCGCGAGCGGGGUCGUGAACGGGGAGACCUCGCGGGGGAUGUCGCGCGGGGUAUCGUAUACGGCGGCGAACGGCGGGUCUACGGGGUGCGAGUAGGGCACGCGGAAGGCGCGGUCGAUGCCGACCUCGCCGAGCAUGGCGUUUGGGAAUGUUGUAAGGCGGGCACGGACAUCAGAGAGCACGUCAGAAAGCAGGAUCGGGUCCGGGAGGAAGGGGAGGAGUUUUUCGAACGCAGAGACGAGUUCGGGCUUUGGUGGCGUAGAAUCUGAGGAAGGCAGGAAGAGAGCGCGGUAGUGCACGUCCUUGGAGGAGAUUGGCCCGAGGGAGAUCCAGUGGUAGAACCAAGGGUGGUAGCCUGCAGAGCAAGGACGAGUCAACGCAGGUGCUCGCGCGAGGGGGAGCACAGACCUAGGAACGAGGGUAGAAAGUUCGGGCGUUGCAAGGGGCAGCCACGGAGAUAUGAGGCGUGCAGUGCAUAGUCUGAUUACACCCUGGCGCUAACUCAGGGCGGGCGGUGGCACGAGUCGCACAAAGUCUCAGUAGGCGAGGACGGACCGCAAUCGGAACAGAGGAUGCACGCCGUUCGGAAGGCCGCAGAAAAGGCGGAGGAAGGGUCAUGGGCAGAGAAAGGGCGGGACAACGUAUAGAAGACGUUUGAAAGACCAACCGAAGCAUGGGACGACCUUGUCAGGGCAUGCCUCCGCGAAAUCUGCCACAAGCUGCUGGUCGCUGCGGCGCGUUGCCAUCGCGCAGAUGCGUAUUGGUAGGUCGCUAGCGGCUUCCAGUGUCAUUGCGAAGUCAGAGUCGGUCGGAUGGCAGUGUACGUCCACCACAUGUGCGAGCACCACGCGCGAAACACGAUCGAGCUCGGGCUGGAGCUCAUCUCGCGAGGGAAAUGGCGGUCCCGUUGUGUGCUCUUGACGCGUAUGCGCGCCGGCGUUGGGAGGGCACAUCGGAGAUUAAUGACUUUGUAUCGACGCGGGCGGGUCCGAAUUCGCCGUUGGUCACGAAGCGAAGCGGCAGGGGUGGAUGGUGAGGCAGAUAAGGCGACCGGAGUGAAAGAAUCUGCGAAGGCGGUCCGAGAAGGUGCGCUAAUGUCUCCAAGGGCCGCAAGCUGCGGCGGGGAUCGCGGUCGGGCUGCAGGCGAAGGCGGUCGUAUGAUGACGACCGUGGGUUAAUCGAUGGAUCAGGCAAGGGGAACAGAGCAAGUGGACGUCGACGAGAGAUGGGAGGGCGCUGCGAUCCUCGCGCUGCG